UGGUGGAAGAAUUCCUGGAGGACAUUAACAACAUGCUGAACUCUGGUGAAGUACCGAACCUCUUUGAGAAGGAUGAGUUAAAACAGGUGCUGGCUGCCAUUAGCCCCAAGGCCAAAGAAGCUGGCAUCUCUGAGGGAAACAGGGAUGAGGUUUACCAGUUCUUUAUCACUCGUGUGCGUGAGAAGCUGCACAUAGUGUUGUGUAUGAGCCCUGUGGGAGACUCCUUCCGCUCACGAUGCCGCAUGUUCCCAUCUCUAGUAAACUGCUGCACCAUCGACUGGUUUGUACAGUGGCCCCGUGAAGCUCUGCUAUCUGUGUCUCAGACCUUCUUCCAGAAUGUGGAGUUUGGCAGUGAGGAGAUGAAGCAGUGCUUUUCAGAGAUGUGUGUGGAGAUUCAUGUUAGUGUGACUGACAUGGCUGAGCGUUUUUACUCAGAACUAAGGAGACACUACUACACCACACCGACCUCCUAUUUGGAGCUCAUUAACCUGUACCUGGGCAUGCUGGGAGAAAAGAGACAACAGCUGCAGGCGGCACGAGACCGCAUCAAAAAUGGUCUAACUAAAUUGCUGGAGACAAAUGAGCUGGUUGAUAAGAUGAAGCAAGACCUCUCGGCUCUGGAGCCAGUGCUUGCGCAGAAAUCAAUCGAUGUCAGUGCUCUUAUGGAGAAACUUGCCGUGGACCAAGAAAACGCGGAUCAGGUGCGUAGGGUUGUGAAAGAGGAUGAAGCUUUGGCUAAGGUAAAGGCAGAAGAGACUCAAGCCAUUGCAGAUGAUGCACAGCGUGACUUGGAUGAGGCUCUGCCUGCACUCGACAGCGCCAAUAAGGCCCUCAAUGCCCUUGACAAAGCUGACAUUUCAGAAAUGCGCGUCUUUACCAAACCACCAGACCUCGUGAUGACUGUGAUGGAAGCUGUGUGCAUCCUGCUCAGCAACAAGACAGACUGGGCCAGUGCAAAGCAGCUCCUGGGAGAUGGCAACUUCUUGAAAAAACUCAUGGACUAUGACAAAGACAAUAUCAAACCUCAGAUCCUCCAGAAGCUACACAAAUACAUUAGCAAUCCAGACUUUGUGCCUGAAAAGGUGGAAAAAGUGUCCAAGGCAUGCAAGUCCAUGUGCAUGUGGGUGAGAGCCAUGGACCUGUACUCAAGAGUUCUGAAAGAGGUCGGACCUAAACGAGAAAAGCUGGCUGCUGCUCAGGUUGAGUUGGAUGCAACAAUGUCCACUUUAAAAGAGAAGCAGAAUAAACUUCAAGAGGUGGAGAAUCAAAUCAAAGUUUUGCAGGACCAGUUUGAGUCCAGCAUGGCUGAGAAAGAGACACUGGCCAAAACCAUGGCUUUGACUGAAGCACGUCUGGGACGGUCAGGAAAGUUAACAUCUGCUCUGGGUGAUGAGCAGGUGCGAUGGCAAGAAAGCAUUACUCUGUUUGAGCAGGAGAUCCACAACGUCAUUGGAAAUGUGUUCAUCGCUGCAGCUUGUGUGGCUUAUUAUGGGGCCUUUACCUCCCAUUACAGACAACUGCUUAUAGAUCACUGGAUUACACGCUGUCAAAGUUUGGGGAUCCCAAUCAGUGACAACUUCAGUCUUAUUGGCAUUCUAGGAGAUCCAUAUGAGAUCCGACAGUGGAAUGCCGAAGGGUUGCCUCGGGAUAAUGUCUCCACAGAGAAUGGAAUUCUUGUGAUGCGAGGACGCCGCUGGCCUUUAAUGAUUGACCCUCAAGAUCAGGCAAAUCGUUGGAUACGGUCUAAAGAGACAAAGAAUGGUCUAAAGGUGAUCAAGCUUACUGAUGCAGGCUUUCUCCGAACACUAGAGAAUGCCAUCCGACUGGGCAUGCCUGUUCUUCUAGAGGAGCUAAAAGAAACUCUGGACCCUGCUCUGGAGCCCAUUCUUCUGAAGCAGACGUUUGUGUCAGGUGGCAGAACAUUGAUACGACUUGGAGACUCUGACAUUGACUAUGAUAAAAACUUCCGUUUUUACAUGACCACCAAAAUGGCCAAUCCCCACUACCUUCCUGAGGUGUGCAUCAAAGUGACCAUAAUCAACUUCACUGUUACUAAAUCUGGACUGGAAGAUCAAAUUCUAAGUGAUGUAGUCCGUCUGGAGCGUCCUGACUUGGAAGAACAGAGAAGCCAGCUGAUAGUCCGCAUAAACGCAGACCGAAACCAACUGAAAGCCAUUGAGGACCGAAUCCUCAAACUGCUCUUCACUUCUGAGGGAAACAUACUGGACAAUGAGGAGCUUGUACAAACCUUACAAGAGUCAAAGGUGACAUCUCAGGCCAUUAAGUCUCGGCUGGUGGAGGCGGAGACGACAGAGGAGAUGAUCAACAGAGCCAGAGAGAAGUAUCGCCCUGUUGCAACACGUGGCUCCAUCAUGUACUUUGUCAUUGCCAGCCUGUCUGAGAUUGACCCCAUGUAUCAGUUCUCACUAAAGUACUUUAAACAGUUAUUCAACAAUACUAUUGAAUCAGCAGAGAAGCACAAAGAUCUGAGCCUGAGAUUGCAGAUCCUGCUGGAUCAGACUCUUCUGAGUGCCUACACGAAUGUAUCCCGUGGCCUUUUUGAGCAGCACAAGGCCAUCUACAGCUUCAUGCUGUGCGUGGAGAUCAUGAUGCAGCGUGGAGAGAUCUCUCAGCAGGAGUGGCUAUACUUCCUGAGAGGGGCUGGAGGCAUAAGGAAGGAACUGCCAGAGAAGCCAGAGGUGCCAUGGCUGUCUGAUUUUGCCUGGGAGACUUGUUGCAAUCUGGAAGAUCGACUUCCAUGCUUUAAUGGGAUUAAAAAAGAGAUAAUAUCCACACCCAUCUCUGUCAAACUCGGGCAGCUGGAGGUAACAGUAAGCCCGGAGCAUUGGGAUGGGUAUGUGACUGACCUUCCUCCUUUUUCAGAAGAGAUUCCCUCUGAGAAACAGCCACAAGUCAGAGGUCACUGGAACCAGCAGCUUGGGGCAUUUCAGAAACUCAUCCUUAUCAAGAGUUUUAUGGAGGAGAAGGUUGUGUCUGCCGUGACUGAGUUUGUUAUCACUGGUUUGGGGCAACAAUUUGUGGAGAAUCCCCCAGUGGAUCUUACAACCCUGUAUGCAGACAUGUCUCCUUCCAUUCCCCUGGUCUUCAUCCUAAGCACAGGCUCAGAUCCAAUGGGAGCAUUCCAGCGGUUUGCCAAUGAGAAAGGAUACCAGGAUCGGGUGAAAUCAAUAUCUCUAGGUCAGGGCCAGGGGCCUAUAGCAGAGAGGAUGAUUAAGGAAGCUCUGAAGAAUGGCAUCUGGAUCUUCCUGCAAAACUGUCACCUUGCUGUGUCCUGGAUGCUGGCAAUGGAGGAGCUCAUCAAAUCCUUCAAUGAACCUGACACCGUUAUCCACGAGGACUUCAGACUGUUCCUCAGCUCCAUGCCUACCAAUGUUUUUCCUGUCACUGUGUUACAAAACUCUGUCAAGGUUACUAACGAGCCCCCAAAGGGUCUCCGUGCCAAUGUGAGACGCGCCUUCACUGAGAUCAGCAGCACAUUCUUUGAGGAACACAUCCUUGGCAGGAAAUGGAGAAAGAUCAUUUUUGGAGUGUGCUUCUUCCACGCCAUCAUUCAGGAGCGGAAGAAGUUUGGUCCUCUGGGCUGGAACAUCCGUUACGAAUUCAAUGACAGCGACAGAGAGUGUGCUCUGCUCAACCUAAACCUCUACUGCCAGACAGGACAUAUACCUUGGGAUGCUCUUACAUACAUCACAGGUGAGAUUACGUAUGGAGGCAGGGUGACAGAUGCCUGGGAUCAGCGAUGCUUGCGCACCAUACUCAAGAGUUUCUUCUCUCUGGCCACAUUAGAGGAAGGCUAUACCUACUCUAAAUCAGGGAUCUACUUUGCUCCUGAUUCGGACAGCUUGACAGAGUACAAACAAUAUAUUGAGGAUCUGCCUCUGAUUGAUGAUCCAGAGGUCUUCGGAAUGCACGAAAAUGCUAACCUGGCCUUCCAGAGACAGGAGACAAUGACUGUGAUCAACACUAUUCUGGAAGUCCAGCCUCGUUCUUCAGCAGCAGGUGGAGGGAAGAGCAACGAUGAGGUGGUCCACGAACUGGUUGAUUCCAUCUUAGCAAAGAUUCCUGAUAAACUAGAUAUGGAUGCAGCAGUGGAGAGUCUGUUCUUGCAAGACCCCAAAGGUAGAGUUAACUCUCUCACCACUGUGCUUGGACAGGAAGUAGACCGCUUUAACUUCCUGCUGCGUGUGCUCAAAACUUCACUAUGUACUCUGCAGAAGGCGAUAGCAGGUCUGGUGGUGAUGUCAGAAGAAAUGGAGAAGAUUUAUAACAGUUUCCUGAAUAACCAGGUUCCUGAUCACUGGUCUAAUGCUGCUUAUCCAUCUCUCAAACCUCUUGGCAGCUGGGUUAGAGACCUCAACCUGCGCACAGCAUUUAUAGAGAACUGGAUCACAAGGGGUCAGCCUAAGUCUUUUUGGAUUUCUGGAUUCUUCUUUCCUCAAGGUUUCCUCACAGGUUCCCUCCAGAAUCACGCACGCAAAUACAACCUGCCUAUAGAUGAACUGAAUUUUCGUUUUAACAUGGUUCCAGUAUACAGAGACCAGACCCUUGUCACUGAAGCUCAGAAAACCCUUGCGCCAGGGAAAGAACUUGACAUGGACCAGGAGCUCCCCAACAUAGAGGAUGGUGUGUUGGUUCAUGGGAUGUUCAUGGACGCCUGUCGCUGGGAUGACACAAGCAUGGUAGUUGAAGAUGCACUUUCGAGGGUAAUGAACCCUAUGCUGCCUGUGGUUCAUUUCGAACCUCAGCAAAACUAUGUUCCUGAGCCAAGCCUCUACCACGCACCACUGUAUAAGACCUCUGCUCGAGCUGGAACUCUCUCUACCACAGGACACUCCACCAAUUUUGUGGUAACUGUGAUGUUGCCAUCCAACCAGCCCAGUGACUACUGGAUCUCAAAAGCCUCUGCACUGCUCUGCCAACUCAAUGAAUAAGCAAAGCUUUACCUCUCCAGUUCAAUUUUAGAUCCUUUCUCAAAAAAGCUAUUCAUUUUUUUGAACAUAAAAAACAUUUACAUCUUAAAAAAAAAAACCAUUAAAAAUGCAUUUUAAAACAAAA